AUGGCGGGUACAGGAGAGGAGGACCUACCGGUCAAGGAAGAUGAUUCUUCUGAAGACGGUCCUUCUGGAACACUAUGUUCAUUGAAUCUGAGGAAGAAGCGUAAAAGUAUUGUCCAAUUAGAUGAAGAAAAUGCAGGGCUUGAGCAACCAUCUGUCGGGAAAGCACGGUAUGCAGCAAAACUGCAAAAACUUUCCCAAACAGGAAAACUGGAACAUCACAGGGCACAAGAGUCCCUAAGACACAAAAUGUACAUAGCCUCCUUAUCAGAAGAUAGGAAAAUUAAAUCAAAUGCUGCAACAAGAGAGCGGAUGAGAAGGUAUCGAGAAAGACUUAUAGAAAAACAGAAAACUAAACAAUGUUCCAAUUCAAAAGUCUUAACACGUAAGGAGAAAAAAAUAGAGGAGGAAUCUCAAAAAAAGAAAAGGGAAUACUGGAGAGGGUAGAAAAGAGAAUCACGUUUAAAGGAAUCCUCUGCUAAAAAAAGAAAAUUUAGUUUGCAGAGACGACAGGCAUACACAG